AUGUUGUCGAUUCUUCCUUUGGGCGUCGCCCUCCUCGGAGCCUCGACCGUGCUCGCCCAGACCCCUCCCAGCUGCUCCCUGACCAACAAGUGCCCCAAGGAAGCGCCAUGCUGCUCUCAAUAUGGCCAGUGCGGUACCGGCGCCUUCUGCCUCGGCGGCUGCGACCCCCGAAUGUCCUUCUCCCUCGAUGCCUGCGUUCCCGCCCCCGUCUGCAAAGAUAAGAAGUUGCCCAUGAACUCUUUGGAUGGCAUCGUCGACAUCAGCAAGUACCUUGGUGACCCCAGCAAGGCCGAUUGGGUCGCCCAGGGCGAGCCUGCCGUGCGCAAUGGUGCCGUCCUCCUGACCAUGCCCCGCAAGAGUGUCGGUACCGUUCUCGCCUCCACCGUCUACAUGUGGUACGGCAGUGUCAAGGCCAAGAUCAAGACCUCGCGUGGCCCCGGUGUCGUCACCGCUUUCAUCCUGUACGGUGAUAUCAAGGACGAAAUUGAUUACGAAUGGGUUGGUGCCGAUCUGGAGAUGUCCCAGACCAACUACUACUUCCAGGGUAUCCCCAGAUACGAUCAAUCCGGUAACAUUUCCCUGUCCAACACAUUCGCCAACUGGCACGAGUACGAGAUCCAGUGGACCCCCGACGAGAUCAAGUGGCUCGUGGACGGCCAGGUCGGCCGUACCAAGAAGCGCGCCGAUACCUGGAACGCGACCGCCCAGCAGUGGGACUUCCCUCAGACGCCCGCCCGUGUGCAGCUGUCCAUCUGGCCCGGUGGUGCGGAAUCCAACGCCAAGGGCACCGUCGACUGGGCUGGCGGCCCCAUUAACUGGGACCACGACGACAUCAAGAACGCCGGAUACUUUUAUGCCCAGGUCAAGGACGUCGAGAUCAACUGUUUCAAUGCCAAGAGCCCACCGGGAACCAACAGCAAGAAGAGCUACGUCUACAGCAGCGCCAAGGCCACCAACGACACCGUCCAGGACACGGACAAGGGCACCAUUCUCAAGAGCUUCCUCGGCACCGGUCUCGACAUGGACGCCGGCGCUCAAUCGGCUUCCGGUUCGGGCUCGGCCUCUCAGCCUACGGCCACACAGGCCACGAUUCCCGGAGGCAGCAACAGCGGUCCCGGUACUGACCCUGGCCAGAGCAGCGGUUCCGGUUCCGGCUCGGGUUCGGGCUCGGGCUCAGAUUCUGGUUCAGGCUCUGGUUCGGGCGGCUCCGGCGACUCAGGAUCCAGCGGCAACUCUGGUUGCGGUAACAACGGCUUCUCGCAGGACUGCAACAGUGGCAGCGGCUCUGGCAGCAGCGGAUCCGGCACGUCCCUGGGUGUGCGCCACGAGUCCAUGGCUGGCGCCAGCGCUUUUGCAGCACUUAUUGCCGUGGCAGCUGCGUUCUGGAUCUAA